GGAAAACAACCCUCCAUCUUUCUCUCGUAAAUCUGCAGAGUUCUUUUUGUCGACGGACGUAUACCUAUACGUUUAGGGGUCGCGUAGAUACGGUUUAAUCGGCGGGGGCCGGCUGGUCGGAUCGAAUGGCGGAGGACAAGUACAACCGGAAGAACCCGGCGGUGAAGCGGAUUCUACAGGAGCUCAAGGAGAUGCAAUCUAAUCCGUCCGAGGAUUUCAUGAGUCUACCUCUCGAGGAGAACAUAUUUGAAUGGCAAUUUGCAAUCAGGGGACCCUGUGAUACUGAAUUCGAGGGUGGAAUCUAUCAUGGGCGGAUCCAGUUGCCUGCGGAGUACCCAUUUAAGCCUCCUUCAUUUAUGUUGCUCACCCCAAAUGGUCGAUUCGAAACCCAAACCAAGAUUUGCUUAAGCAUAUCAAAUCAUCAUCCCGAGCACUGGCAGCCAUCAUGGAGUGUGCGGACUGCAUUAGUUGCACUUAUUGCAUUCAUGCCCACCAACCCAAAUGGUGCACUGGGCUCACUAGACUACAAGAAGGAAGAGAGGCGAACUUUGGCUGUCAAGUCUCGUGAUGCACCCCCAAAAUUUGGGACUGGUGAACGUCAAAAACUAAUUGAUGAGAUUCAUGAAUAUAUGCUAAGCAAGGCACCCCCUGUUCCUCAAGUCAGCUCCUCUCAGGCUCCAGAAGAACAGCCCACAAACAGGGAGGGUGAAGCCCAGGAGGAUUCUCAAAAUGCUGGGGAGGAGCUCCAAAUUCCAACAGUAGGUGACAGGAUUGUUGAAGAAGUGCAAGAGGGCCCUGUAAAUGCUGAUUCGAGCCCUGGUGGAGUUAGGGCAUCAAGGGAGAUUCCAUCCAGUGGCUCAAGAGAUCAGCCACUACAAAAGCCAGAAACGAGGGUUCAUAAAGCGGCCGAUGACAGGUUGUUUACAUGGGCUGCUGUUGGACUCACCUUUGCAAUUGUUGUUCUUUUGCUGAAAAAGUUCAUGAAAUCUAGCGGACAUGGGGGCCUAUUCACAGACGGAUCUUAGAUAUUUGGUAGUUUAAGCUUUGGCUUUACAAUUCAAGACCCGUGCGGUAUAGUUAUUGGAAAGUAUUACAUAUUUGAUCUAGUCAAGGUUUUCAUUUAAAUUUGAAGAGUUUGCAUAUAUUAUUCUAUUAUGGUUCCCUCGAUAUAUAUAUCCAGUUGUUGUAACUAAUAAUGUUGAUAUGCAACCUGUUUGCAACUGUAAGCGUGACCAUCCAUAACUGGUACUGCCUGUGUUGUGAGCUUUUGUAUGCGUGUGAAAUGCCUAUUGAUGACUCUAUGAACUACAAGCUUCUAAUCUAACUAAUCCAUAUUUUACUUCUCA